AUGGUGAUGUAUUUGAUGGGUACUAUUUGCUCCAGGAACACAACACACUGUUCCACUUCUCCAUGCGAGGAAGACUUACCAUGCUCAUCGUCAAAAGGCUGUGGGGGCUUAUCUGAUUUAUGUCUGUCAAAUCCUUGCCCGCCAAAUGCAACUUGCCAGGUUACUCUUGAUACAGAGACCUACGAAUGCCGCUGUCCCGCAGGAUUCAAGGGAAGAAACUGUGAAAUACCAAUGAAAAGAUGCUUUAGAAAUCUGUGUAGACAUGGAGGACAGUGUUAUGUUACUGACAGAGGGUCUACAUGCUUUUGCAGUGUAGGCUACAAGGGGACAUUUUGUGAGACCCCAGAAGAUGAGUGCCUUUGGAAUCCAUGCCAAAAUGGAGCUGUAUGUAGGGAAAGGGGGAAUGGGCAAGCAUGUUAUUGUGUUCCUGGGUUUCAGGGUGCUUUAUGCGACAUUGAGGUCAAUGAAUGUAUCUCGCAGCCUUGCCAACAUGGAGGCACUUGUCUGAACCAGAUUGGGAGCUACAGCUGUGUUUGUCCACCGCAGUAUACAGGUAGAAACUGUGAGAUGGAGUAUAAUGGGUGCACAUCAGAACCUUGUCUGAACGGUGCCACCUGCCUCAACACUUUGGGAUCUUUCUCCUGUGAAUGUGCUGCCGGAUUCUAUGGGGAGCUUUGUGAUAUAAACCUAAAUGAGUGUGCCAGUUCUCCAUGCCUUAACGGUGGACAGUGUGUGGAUAAGAUUGACGGGUAUCUGUGUGAUUGCAGUAUGGUGGGAUUCACAGGUCUGAACUGCGAGGCUCCUGCGCUUCUGUGUUUGUCGCAGCCGUGUCAGAACAAUGCCACCUGCUUGGAAGAUUCUGAGGGCUUCCAGUGUCUGUGCUGGCCUGGCUACACAGGUUCCCUGUGUGAGAUCCGACUCUCUAUGUGCACAAGCCAGCCUUGUACGUAUGGUGCGGAAUGCAUGGAGCUGACACGGUUCAAUAUGUCUCAAGGAGACGUCACCGUGCAAGAUGAACCCAAAGGCUACAUCUGCAAAUGUGGAAAUGGCUUCACUGGUGUCCACUGUGAGCAAGACAUCAAUGAGUGUGAGUCAAAUCCCUGUCAGAAUGGAGGCACUUGUGAGAAUCUUCAUGGUAGCUAUGUUUGUCACUGUCCUAAAUACAUCUUGGAUGGACAUUACUAUGGAGGCCCAGACUGUAUGCAGGAGCUAACUGGAUGUGAUGAGAACAGAUGCCAAAAUGGUGGCUCCUGCAUACCUUAUGUAAUAGACAGUAAACACUCCCAUACCUGCUUGUGUGUGCCAGGAUUUACAGGCCCUUAUUGUGAGACACAGACCACAUUCUCAUUUAAUGGUGGAACUACCCUUCCUCUUAAAUUACAGCCUCAACGAGAGGGACCCUUCAAUGUGUCUUUCACAUUCCGCUCUGUGCAGACUUCUGCUGCUAUUUUACACCUUCGAGACCAAGCAACAGCCUUGAGACUGUAUCUUCAAAAUGGCUUCUUGUUCUUAUCUGUACAAAGCAAUAGCCAGUUACGCACUCUUUUACAUUUGCCUCACAAUGUCAGUGAUGAUCUUUGGCAUACAGUUGAAAUUAUCUUCCAAGACAAUAUUCAUGUGAAAUUGCUUAAAACCUCCGGUGGAAUUACAUGUGUGAACCAGUCUCGCCUAGGAGAGGCGCCAAAUAUUGAGUUCCAGGAAAUAUUAUUUGGAGGUGAACCAUCAGCACUGAAGAAACAUGGAGCCAAUAUUACUGGUAUAGUUGAAAUUAAGCCGCAGUUUGUCGGCUGCAUACGGGACAUUACAGUGGGCUCCAUUGUAAUUACAGAAGAAGAUGGGAAAUUAACUAACAUUGAAUUUGGUUGCAAGAGACAUGAUCAUUGUGAGAGUCACCCAUGUGGAAGCAGAGGCAAAUGUGUUAACUUAUGGCUGAACUACUACUGUGAUUGCCAUCGGCCUUACAGAGGAAACGACUGCUCCACAGAGUAUGAAGCUGCUGGAUUUGGAUAUGGAAAUGUAUCAUCAUAUGCCAUUUUCCAAACGACUCAACAGAGUGAAGACAUGAUCAUAUCUGCAUUUGUCAGAACAAAGCAUGAUACAGGGUUUAUGUUUGCCAUCGGAAACUUUACUCACUUUGACAUUAUAGUGUCCCUGGAAUCUGGUAAAUUAACGGCAAGAACUGGAAAUGGUGUCAUGUCUAAGGGGGAACAUAGUAUCAGUGAUGGUCAGGUUCAUCUGCUUACCAUGAAAUUAACACAAAACAAGCUGUACCUGUUUACCUCAUCGCUGCCACUGGAUUUUAUAUCUUUGGAUAUCAAAAGAGGACAGUACGCAGGUUUUCUCUAUGUUGGAGGACUGGUUGAUCAUUUAGAGACCAUUAAGAGAGGAGGGUAUUUUAAAGGCUGUAUUCAAGAUCUGAGGAUUGAUGGCACAGCUCUGGAGUUCUUCCCCAGUUCGGACUUACACAUUUCAGGAAAUUCAACUUUGGUCAAUGUAACAAGAGGCUGCUUAAAUGAUAUAGGCUGCAAGCCCAGACUUUGUCAGAAUGGAAGUAUUUGCAGUGGUACAGUGGGCCAUGAUUGCUCAUGUUCUUCAAAUACACCAGGAAAGGCAUGUGAAGGCCUUAUGUGGUGCCAGCUCACUCAGUGUCCUUCUGGGUCUGUCUGCCAGCCUGUACCUGGAGGAUAUGAAUGUAUUUCCAAUGCACUCUUCAGUGGCAAAGGUCAAACCAUCACUUUUAGAAGUAAUGGUAAAAUAAUGAGAGACCUCACCAACCUAACCAUCGGCUUCCGCACCAUAGACUCUGAAUCUGUGCUCCUCCAUGCCCAACGAGAACCCGAAAUCAUUAGGGUUAACAUCCAGAACAAAUUUCUACAUUUUCAACUGCAAAGCGGGAAUGACCUCAAUCCAGUGCGUCUAUCCAGUAGGGAAUCAGUGGGGGACAGCCAGUGGCACACUGUCACCUUAUCAAUGACAGCUCCUGGAUCCCAGUCCUCAACAUGGCAGAUGGAAAUCGAUGGAAAGCCAGAGAAAACAACAAGUUCACUUGCGACAGGAAACCUGAACUUUCUCAAGGAGGGUACAGAUAUUUACUUGGGUGUAGACAUUGACAGAAUGGAGAGAAACUUUACCGGAUGUCUUGGCACAGUUCUCAUUGAAGGAAUACACUUACCAUACUUUGCAGAUACAGAUUACAUGAUGGUUAAACCACAAGUUGAGCAAUUUGUAAAAACCUCUCCUGAGAUUGUUGACAUCAGAUGCCUAGUGUCUGAUCCCUGUGCCUCUAACCCAUGUUUGUUUGGAGGCAGUUGCCGUGAUGUCUUCACCCACCCAGUCUGCACUUGUCCUAAAGGAAGAAGUGGAGACAUCUGUGAAAAUCAAACCACAGAGUGCCUACCUAACCCCUGUGCACAUGGCAACUGUACUAUUGAAGCUGACGGUUACAGAUGUGAGUGUGAGACAGGUUACACUGGACCUAAUUGUGACUUCAUUAGCUGUCAUCGUCAUCUGUGUGCUAGAGGUGCCACCUGCAUGGCGGGAGCAGAUGGGUACUUUUGCCUCUGUCCAGCUAAUGUCACUGGGCAGCACUGCAGUUUGUCCUCAGAAUCUGAAAAAUCUGCUCUGAGUUUGGUAAGAAUGUUUCAUGUAAUGCCUUCCAUUUUCUGUGGCAAUGAAAAGAAAAACAUAACCUGUUACAACUACAGCAACUGCACUGAGGAGAAAGGAGUGCUAGGAUGUUCUUGUCACCCUGGAUUUGUGGGAGAGAGGUGUGAGACUGACAUUAAUGAGUGUGAAUCAAACCCCUGUCUGAAUGGGGGCAUCUGCCAGAACCUGCCCAAUCGCUUCCAUUGUAUUUGUGAUAUGAACUAUGCUGGGGAUAUCUGCGAGAUUGAUCUCUCCGACUUCAUGCCUCCAGGAAUAUUUACCGCUGUGGCCUCUGCUGUCCUGGCAUUGUUUUUUGCUGUGUGUGCAGGUCUUUGUAUCUUUAUUGCCAUAGCUGGCAUGAGGUCAAGUCAAGGAACAUACAGUCCGAGCAGGCAGGAGAAAGAAGGAUCCCGGGUAGAGAUGUGGAAUAUCGCUCAGCCACCGCCACUGGAGAGACUCAUUUAA